AUGCACUGCGAGUUCCGAGACUUAGACGAUGCCCUGAUGGAUCGAAUCGUCUGUGGGGUCCGGGACAUCCGUCUGCAACGGCAUCUCCUCGCCAAGCCAGACCUCAUGCUGCAGAAAGCCACUGAGGAGGCUGUGGCCUCAGAAGCUGUUGAACUCUCCGCCCAGGAAAUCCACAAGGCCAGUAGACCGUAUUUAAAGGACUAUGUUGUUGGACAUGUAACACUGUUGGUCUAA